AAAUAUGAAAUAAAUUAUCUAUGGCAACUGUUUCGAUUUCAAUGUGCAUGACUCUUCUGCUGAUGAUUUUUAAUUUUUUUUAGUUAUUUAAUGUUAUUUUUGUUAAGCAGUUUUUCCUCGAUGUUGACAUUAUGCGGAAUAUUUGUUAAAGAAGAAUGAAUGUUGAUGUAAAAUCGGAAAAUAUGGAAUAAAUCUUGUCGUCUAAUUUAACAAAAGUUUUGAUUUUCAAAAGGAUUCGUCUACAACUCUGAGGCCUUUUUGUACCUUGUCUAAUGAAACUAUUAAUUAGCUUCUGAAUUUUGGUGCUUGCUCCUACAUUGUAGAAAACAUUAAAAUUGGAACCAGUGCAUGAAAGAAUAAAAACAGAUUGAGCAAUGUCAUUGAAUUAAAAUUGUUAAUAGUAUAGGCAAUUUAUCAAAUAUUUCUUUAAUUUUAAUUUUUCUUUGUUACGGGACAUGAGAUGCUAAAAUAACUAAAACGGUGCCAAAAAUGGUGAUUUUUCAACCAUAUCCAAUGAAACAAAGUUUACUACAGUUUUUUCUUCCUAAAUAUCUAGAAUUCAUUAAAUAAAUAUGGGUAUUUGCAUCUGUAAAGAUAGGCAAUCUGAGUCAGAUGAAGAAACAAUUGCACGUCAAAACCCUAGAGACUCAGUGAAUUCUUUAUCUGCUGAAACUGAUCAUUUAGUACCACCAAUAGAACGCUAUGACCCUGUUCAUAGAAUUUUGGAUCUUAUGGUUACAAGACAGUCUGUGGAUAAGUUAGUCAUGGAAACAUUGUCUGUUAUUAGGACUUUUGUAGAUAAUGAUAUUGAACCUCCUGAAUCUAUGACACAACUGCACAUGAUUGCUGAUUCAGAGAUAGGAUGGCUAACAUUAGUUCGUUCACUAGCUCAUGUUGUUCCAAUGGACGAUCCUUUGGGCCCCGCUGUUAUAACAUUGUUAUUAGAUGAAUGUCCAUUACCUACAAAAGAAUUAUUAGAGAAGAUGGCAAAAAUAUUUAAUUUAUCAAGACAUCAAGCUAAUAAUGGGAAAUUAUGUCCAGCUCGUCAAAGGAACAUCUGUGUCAUUCUGGGCUGUAUAGCAGAAAAAUUAGCAGGCCCUGGAAGUACAGCACUUUUAACAAAUGAUGUGAUGGAAUUUCUUUUUACAAAUCUAGACCCGAUUUUUCAUAAAUCAGUGAUUAUAUUUUCACUUAUUGCCUUGGAAAAGUUUGCACAAACAAGCGACAAUAAGGCUACCAUUAACCAGUACAUCAAGUCCAAAACUAAAAAUCCAUUAGAAAGAUUAGAAACUUUUGUUAAUAGCUCCAAUUAUUUGUUUAAGCAAGUAGGAUUUUGUGCGCAGUGGUGUUUAGAUAAUUUGUUUAUCAAAAAGGAUAGGCCUUUUACUUAUGAAUCAAUUGACAGAAGUAACUUGAAUGCUAUGCUCAAUAGUAAUGAUGUUAGUGAAUAUUUGAAAAUAUCAGCUGAUGGUCUAACCGCCCGAUCUGAUGCAUCUUCAUUUGAAAGUGUGAGAUGUACUUAUCAAGUAGAUUCUGGUGUUUGGUAUUAUGAAGUUACAAUUGUAACUUCAGGUGUCAUGCAAAUUGGCUGGGCUACACGAAACAGCAAGUUCCUAAAUCACGAAGGCUAUGGCAUUGGAGAUGAUGAGUAUUCAAUUGCUUAUGAUGGAUGUAGACAGCUCAUUUGGUAUAAUGCAAAAUGCAGUCCUCAUCAACAUUCCUGUUGGAAACCUGGUGAUAUUCUGGGAUGCUUGUUAGAUGUUGGCAAAUCAUAUGUAAUAUUUUAUUUAAAUGGAAAACCACUGCCUCCAUACACUCAGUUGUUUCAAAGUGCUAGGUCAGGAUUUUUUGCAGCCGCUAGCUUUAUGUCAUUCCAGCAGUGUGAAUUUAAUUUUGGCCGUACUCCAUUCAAAUUCCCUCCAUCAGGAGUUGACUUCCAAGUGUUCAACAACUGUGCCACUUUGCCCGACGAAGAAACAAUUAUACUUCCUAGGCAUAUUAGACUUGAAAAAGUAAGACAAACGAGUGUACGUGAAGACUCUUGCUCACUUUGUUUUGAUGGGUCUGCAACAAUCCGAUUAGAUCCUUGUCAACAUACAGGAUUUUGUGACCAGUGUGCCUUGCAGCUUGAAGUGUGUCCUAUGUGCCGUAGCAAAGUUGAAGAAAGAGUUCAAAUUGAAACAACGUGAGCCUCAGAAGCCAAAUUUCUAAGAGAUUUUAAAUGUACAUUACAUUGCAAGAAAUUGUGAUUUGAAUAUAUAUACAACUAAAGAAUAUAAGAAAAAUAUGAGAUUAUUUUAUGACUCUACAUGAAGCAAGUUCAUCUUCACUGAACUUUAAGUGUGUGGUAAAAUUGUAAAUGAUUGCAAUCAUUUAUUUUUUUGUGUCGCAUGUUUUUAAUGUAAAAUUAAUAGGACAGUUUUAAAUAAUUCUUAAAGCUUAUGUAUGAGUGCUCACUUUGGAGUGCAGACUUUGAUUAUGUUUUUAAUUUAUUAGUUAUGAUACAUAUUUUUGAUGUACUUAUAAUAUUUUUAAUUCAUUAUGUUGUGUUUUUUCAUUUAAUUUUGUUCAUAAAUUAUUUGUGCCAAAUAUUUAAAUGUAAAAUACAUUUAAUUUUCAUAUCCAUUCAUUUCUAAAUUCCAGUUUUCUGUUGCCGUCUCCUUCUAUAAUGAAUUAGUUUCUUUUUAAUGUCUUCAUAACAAAAUAAGAGCUUAUUUCCAUUUUUAUGUGAUAUUUUCAGUUUAUAAGAAAUGGAAACUUGUUAUUUGAUUGUCUUCUGCAUUAUUUUAGCUUUUAGGCAAAUCCUUGGCAUACUUCCUUUAAGGGUAUAUUUCAAGAUUUAAUACACAAUAUUUUUAAAUAUCGUGAU